CUCAAAACACAACCCAAUUCAUACCUUUCUUUCUUCUGCCCUUUUAGUCAACAAUUAAUACAUCUCAAUCUCUCAUUUCUCCGUUGAGAUUCAAAAAUGGAUGGAAGUUGCAUAGAUGAGAGUACUACUACUGACUCCAUUUCUCUAACGCCGCCAACAAAGUCCUCGCCGGAGUCUCCUCUCUGCCGUGUUGGAAGCGGCACAAGUGUGAUUCUCGAUUCUGAAUCCGGCGUCGAAGCUGAGUCUCGUAAACUCCCUUCCUCUAAAUACAAAGGCGUUGUUCCUCAACCGAACGGCCGCUGGGGAGCUCAGAUUUACGAGAAGCAUCAGCGUGUUUGGCUUGGUACUUUUAAUGAAGAAGAUGAAGCAGCCAAAGCUUAUGACAUCGCUGCACAGAGAUUCCGCGGCCGCGAUGCCAUCGCUAAUUUUAAGCUUGAAGCGAAUGAAACUGAAGACGAUGAUAUCGAAACGGCUUUCUUGAACUCUCAUUCGAAAGCUGAAAUCGUCGACAUGCUUAGGAAACAUACUUACAACGAUGAAUUAGAGCAGAGCAAACGGAACUAUAGAAUCGAUGGUCAAGGAAAGCAUAAAAAUCACGGCGGUGUUAAUAAUGUCGGUUUAAUUGCAUCAGAGCGCGUGCUGAAGGCGCGUGAACAGCUCUUCGAAAAAGCCGUGACGCCUAGCGACGUCGGGAAACUGAACCGGUUGGUUAUACCGAAACAACACGCGGAGAAACACUUUCCUUUACAAAGCGGAAGCAAUAGUACAAAAGGCGUUCUACUAAAUUUCGAAGAUAUUACAGGAAAAGUAUGGAGAUUCCGUUACUCAUAUUGGAAUAGUAGCCAAAGCUAUGUAUUGACCAAAGGAUGGAGCCGGUUCGUGAAAGAGAAGAAUCUAAAAGCCGGUGACAUUGUUAGUUUUCAAAGAUCGACGGGACCGGAUAAGCAGCUUUAUAUAGAUUGGAAAGUGAGAACCUCCGGGUCGAACCAAGUGGUUUGCCCGAUGGUUCAACCGGUUCAAAUGGUUAGAUUAUUUGGGGUGAAUAUUUUUAAAGUAGCUGGAAAUGGUAAUGGUGGUGUGGAAGGAGUAGUUGGUGGGUGUAGUGGGAAGAGAAUGAGAGAAAUGGAUCUGUUAUCAUUAGAGUAUAGUAAGAAACAGAUGGUAAUUGGAGCUUUGUAACA